AUGUGUUAUUCAAUAGAAACAAAAUUAAUUAUUAAAUUUAAGAGAGAAUUAUUAAAGAUAUCAAUCAUAUACUAUAUUGAUAUGUAUUAAAUCUCUAUAAGAGAUGAUAGAAAGAUUAUCAAUGGAUUAGACAGAGCUUUUCGAAAAAAAGUCGUUAUGAAUUUGAUUUAUAUAAAAGAUUGUCAAGUUGAUUAAUUAAAAAUUAAAUAUAAUCUUGUUAGAUAAUAUAAAAUAUUUAUUAAGAAUAUACUUACAUAUAAUAAUUGA